AUGAAGGUCAAGGAGGAGAAAUUGAGGGAAUGGGAUCGUGUAAUUGCUGAAGCUAAGGCUUGGAAACCUCAAGAGUCCACCAUUCAAACCCCGACCCAAACAAGGAAGCCUGAGAAACGGAAAUUCCACCACAAACCGAAUAUGCAUCAUUUCUAUCCAGUGCCAGUCGGAGAUGGGCUAGACACGCUCAUUGACUACAGAUUAAAACAACAAAGCUACCAAUUGCAGAGCAACCCGGAAUAUGUGGAAGAAGCCUUUGAUCCAGAAUUGUUCACUCGGCAGCCAAAAAAGCAAUUACAUUUGGAACGGCAGGAGGAAUCAAUGGCUCGCCUCGUGGACCGAUUACUUGAUGAGUCAAAGCUGUUCUCGGAUAACCCUCUGCCCGCGCCCGUCGAAAUCCAACAAGAGAUGGUACAGAUGAGGGCCUUGAUACAAUCCUUGAUGGACGGAAACACCAAUCUGCCUCUAUACGAGUGGAACGAUAUACAUGAGAUCACUGACCAGCGAGAGGCUCUUUCCCGAUCCAUUCAAGCUCUCUGCCGCAAAGCAACGGCUGACGACCGGCCAAGUAUAAAUCUUAUGCUGACGAAAGUCUCCUACAACUUACUGGUAGCCAGAGCUCCGCCUUGUACCACCAAUCUCAAUGUCUUUCUGGCCGAGUUGAUUCGACUGAAGCAACCACAACUCUCUCAGAUUGUCGUCAAUCAUUUCGUGCACGAUACAAAGCAUAAGCCUACUAAGGUUACAGCAAAGUUGAUGCUUGAUCACUACCGUUUCAAAGGAAAAAAAGGGAAAGGGGAUGCUUGGGGCUAUCGGUCGAUUGUGCAGCGCAUGAGGGGUUGCCGAAAGUCGGCGGAGUUUAGGUCACGCCCUGAUAUGCUCGUCAAGCAUCGAGACAGGGAAACUUUGCAUUGGCCAGAACAUGAGGAAUGGGUUACAAAGACGAAGACUAUUCAUCGUAAUGGAUCCAUGCAUCAGAAACUGCCUCGAGAUGCACCUAUAUUCGAUAGUCUGAUUCUAGGUAACUUGAAAUUCCUAGGCCCACAAGGAGCAGUUCGUGUGAUCAGAGCAUCCUUCCGGGCAGGACACGUGGUUCAUCAUGAAAGCCUUGUUGUUGUCAUCACCGCUUGCUUAGAGCAAUUGAACUUUAGUUCUGGCUUGCAAUUGAUUCGAGUCUUUAUAAGACUGUGGUGGGAUGGUGUAGGUUUCAUCGCGACAGUCUACACGGAACAACUUCGCCAUCUACUUCGCCAACUCUUGUUGAUGUGUGGCAUUGACAUCACUCUCAAGUCGCCAUACGAUCUACCCAUAAAACAUUCUUGGGAUGCCCUGCAGGACAUGCUCCAUUUCAUGGAAGUGGAAGAUAUCAAAGAUGCUGUUGAGCGCAUCUCCGAACUCACGUUCUCGUUGAGCCAAUCCCUAGGCCUGAUCGCGCCAGAUGCGACAGUGGAACCUGCCAUCCAGAACGAAAAUACAUCGCUGUGUGGCAUGAUAGAACCCGGGCUCCAGCAGGAAGUCCAGUCUCAAGGGUCACCCGAUAUUGACCAAGCUCUGCAGCUCUUCGAGGACUUCGCUGCGGAAGUGCUUGACCGGGAAUUUCUGCGAACCGAAAUAGAUUCUACAAGCCGGUGGAGACGGCUCUUAACCUUGGAAGAUCGUGUUGACCGUCGGUGUUGGCAGACCACCCUGAUCGAGGACGAGUUACUUUCGAUAAUGAGCCCUGAGCUCUCCGUGGAAAGAAAGGAAAUCUUCGACACAUUACUUAAAGAGCUGAGGUCAUGGAUGGGCGUACGGUUGAAUUUCUUCGGCAAGCUUCAUGUUCUUCAAAAUCUACCAGAUGUCAAGACGAAGAAGAAGUGGAAGAUGAGGAAGAAGAAAGCCAAAAUGGAAGUCGAAGGCAUCACGGUAUCCACUACAGCCUUGCCAUGGGCUGAUAGUAUGACCCAAUGA